AUGAAAGGACAUGGAUCUAUCGACUCUGACAGCACUCUAAGUGAGGACUUUGAAGCAGGUUCACUGCCUCCCCCUCGCUACGACCAGAUCUAUCAUGCUAGUCACGAUCCCGAAACUGUAGAACUUGGUGCAGAAGGUCCUUACCACAUUAGAGAUGAUGGACGUGUCGACAUCGAUUUUAAUUCGAGUGUCAUUCGAGCUUUCUCAAAAUGCUUUCCUUCUGCGCCAGACGAAGACUCACAACCAGCGCCUCCUGCCUACGAAUCCAAGAGGCCCUUCGAUCCUAGCACAGCAUCAAGCCUGAAAUGGAACAUCAAGCUCAAUAUCGUAAUCCAGGUCGUUGGUUCUCGGGGAGACGUACAGCCUUUCAUUGCUCUGGGCACCGAGCUUCAGCGAUACGGUCAUAGAGUACGAAUUGCUACUCACGACAUGUUUGCUGCCUUCGUCCGACAGGCUGGACUCGAAUUUUAUCCCAUAGGAGGAGACCCGGCAUCCUUGAUGGCCUACAUGGUCAAGAAUCCCAGCCUCAUGCCUUCAAUGAAAACAAUCAUGUCCGGCGAGAUUGGUCGCAAACGUCAAAUGGUCGCCGAGAUGCUUUCAGGCUGUUGGGACUCGUGUGUCCUGCCUGAUCAGUUCAGUGGUCAACCUUUUGUAGCGGAUGCCAUUAUUGCGAACCCUCCAAGCUUUGCCUAUAUACAUUGCGCACAAGCUCUGGGCAUUCCUGUCCACCUCAUGUUCACGAUGCCAUGGACAAGCACGCGUUCCUUCCCACAUCCUUUGGCAAAUUUGACCAACGUCGACGAAAGUCAUGCAGCGGCAAACUACAUGUCCUAUCAUGUGGUCGAGCUGAUGACCUGGCAAGGAUUGGGCGACGUGAUUAAUGAUUGGCGAGAGAGCAUCGAGCUUGAGCCUAUCAACUUUCUGGACGGCCCAGCAUUGGCACAAAUGCUUAAAGUCCCCUUCACCUACUGCUUCUCACCAGGCUUAGUGCCCAAACCUGAAGACUGGCCAGAGUAUGUUGACAUAUGUGGGUUCUUCUUCCGAGAUGAUCCUGCCUGCACUCCGGAACCUGGUCUCGUGGACUUCUUAGCCGCAGGACCUCCACCUGUGUAUUUCGGCUUCGGCAGCAUAGUUCUUGAUGAUCCUGCCAAGAUGUUGUCUACAAUUCUCGGUGCUGUAAAGGCUGCCGGUGUAAGAGCAAUCAUUUCUAAAGGAUGGUCUAAUCUCGAUGGUGACGCGAGCGAAAAUAUCUUCUAUAUUGGUGACUGCCCACACGAAUGGUUGUUCCCGCGUGUGGCAGCUGUCGUACACCACGGUGGAGCAGGCACUACCGCCUGUUCCCUAAAAAAUUCUCGCCCGACACUGGUCUGCCCAUUCUUCGGAGAUCAACCUUUCUGGGGCCAUAUGAUUGCUAAUUCUGGUGCUGGUCCGGAUCCUUUACCACCACGCCAUAUGACUAUUGACUCGCUAGCUGAAGCCAUCCGUUUUCUGAUGAGGAAAGAGACAGCCUUAGCAGCUGAAGUCAUUGCAGAGCGCAUGGACCGCGAGCAGGGUGUUCAAGCCGCCGUAAACUCUUUCCACAGGCAUCUCCCUCUCGAGACGAUGCAAUGUGAUCUUAUUCCAGACCAACCAGCCGUCUGGACUAUCAAAUCAGGUCGCAGAGAAGUCAAGAUAUCUAAGCUUGCUGCAGAGAUCGCGAUAUCACAACGCAAUAGUCUGCAGAAAGACCUCAAGACGUACAGAACGAAGCCCCUCAUAAUUGACCCCAUCCGGUGGGAGCCCUUAAGUGGUGGGAUAUCCGCUUCUGUGGGGACUACGGUGGACAUCGGUAGAUGCCUCACUGGCAUGGUUACAGAACCCAUCAAAGCAUACAGUAAAGAACGACGACGACAAGACCGGAUAGACGCCACUGAGCGGCUCGAAGAAUCUCAGCAGCUAGCGGAGUCAAGUUCGAGUAUUCAUACCGUCACAUCAACAAAAUCACGCGGCAAACAGCCAUCUGCGGGAGGUAAAGCAGCACUGGCUGGUGCGAAGAGUCUCGGCUGGUUGGCGCCCAAAGCCAUAAAGGGGGCAGCUGUCGACAUCCCCCUAGCUCUUGCGGAAGGAUUCCGCAUUCUACCAAAACUUUACGGCGACGAGAUACGUGACCACGGCAGAGUUACAGGAGCUGCAAGUGGCUUUGCUGUGGGUGGUAAAACGUUCGCCUAUGGUCUGUAUGAUGGUAUUGCGGGUCUUGGUGUACAACCUUACAAAGAAUAUAAGAAGUCAGGCGCUGUAGGCAUAGUGACCGGAUUGGGCAAGGGAUUAGCUGGCCUUGUGACCAAACCGGGAGCCGCUGCGGUCGGUGCAUGGGCUUAUCCAACGGCUGGAAUAACAAAAACCAUUCGCUCUGCGGUAUAUAACAAGUCACGGAAGCUGAUUGAAGUGCAGCGUGCUGCCGAAGGUCGGUGGUUGGCAGAACAACAGCAGUGGACCGGGAGCCAGAAGAUUGCAUUGAUGGAGAAGUUUAAUGAAUUGGGAUCUAAGAAGUAG